UAGUAAGUGGGCCAGUUGCCAUCGCGACGCAUUGGCAAGAUAUUGCCAGAAAAAGCCAUAAUGGGUCUCCUGACGCAGUUCUCUCUGCUCCUGUGGAAGAACUUCACUCUUCGGAAGAGACAAAAGGUGCGGCUGGUUGUAGAGUUGCUGUGGCCUCUGUUUCUCUUCUUCAUACUGGUGGGGGUGAGGUCUACCAAUAAGCCAAUUUUCAAAGGGCAAUGUCACUACCCAAACAAAGCAAUGCCAUCUGCUGGCGUGCUGCCCUGGCUUCAAGGCAUUAUGUGUAACAUCGAAAACCCCUGUUUGAACCACCCAACGCCAGGGGAGACGCCAGGCCAAGUUAAUAACUUCAACAACUCCAUAAUUGCUGGGAUGUUGAUAGAGCUACAGUCUGUCUUGGCAGACAGAUCUGUUCUCAGUGAGGUGGAGGUGCUGGCAGAUGAUGUCAACCAGUGGACGUCCGUCCUGUCUGAGGUUGACUCUGCUAAAGGUAAUCAGACAGUAAGAAGCAUUCUACGAGACAAUGAAACUUUCACCACCCAUCUGAAGGAGGAUUUGUUGGUUCCACCAGAUGUGGUCCAAAGCCUCAUGGAUGCUAAGAUUCAACUCAGUCCAAUGACGGGCAUUCCGCGGCCUGACAAUGUCAAGAGCAUCCUGUGCAAGGGGACAGAUCUGGAUGACUAUAUCCAAUUUAGCAGCCAAGCUGAGAGGGAGGCUUUUCAAAAUGUCAGCUGCUCCCUCACCCAACAGCAGCUGAUUAACACCCAGCAAGUCCUCCUACAAAACGUGAAUGUGAGGAAAGUGCUCUCAGGGCUCCCUUCAGCUCUGAACUCAAUCGACACAGAGGCACUAAUGAGGAAAACCACUGCAGACGCGCUACCACUGAUCGAGAGUGUGGUCAGGCUGCAGAACUCGGUGAACUUUAAGGCAGCGGAGUCCCUGAAUUUUAUAGAGGACAUGUUUGGAAGUGUUAACAUGCUGCUGUGUGGGAAGCAGCCUAACUACAACUCCACCAGCAUGACCUUCAGUUUCCCUUCACCUGCACAGAUGGCUAACAAUAUGUCAACUUCCAGCAUGGACAACAGUUCCGAUGCCUUUUGUCAGAUUCUCGUCGACACCCUGGAGGGCACACCUGGUCUGCGCUACAUUUGGAGCACCUUCAAGCCAUUAUUGCAAGGGAAGGUCCUCUAUGCACCUGAUACACCUGCUGCUCGCCUCCUGGUCAAAGAAGCAAACAGCACAUUUGAUUCCCUAGCCAUGUUAAAGGAGCUGGCUGAUUCUUGGGAUGAACUUGGCCCACGUGUCUGGGAUUUUCUGCAGAACAGCCCUCAAGUCAACACGAUGCGGACUCUGCUGGCGAAUCCCAUCUUUGCGGCUGCCCUCGACCAGCGCCUCGGCGGGACAGCAUGGACGGCGGAGCAGCUGGAAAACUUCCUGUACAACGGGCCUCCGGAAGACCGACCCCCUGGCAUGCCACCCUACGACUGGCGGGACGUUUACAACACCACCUCCCAAGUGAUGAAGCUCCUCUCCCAGUUCCUCGGCUGUUUGGAUUUGAACAAGUUCGAAGCAUCUGCGUCAGAGGCCCAUCUGGUGGAUAAAGCAUUGGAGCAUCUGAAAAAUGACACUUUCUGGGCGGGAGUUGUCUUUGAAAACCUCCAACCAGACUCAAGCCGCAUCCCUCCCUACGUCAAAUACAAAAUCCGGAUGGACAUUGAUGGGGUGGAGCGUACCAACAAGAUCGCAUCCAGGUCAUGGUCUCCUGGAGCCAGGGACAAUCCCUUUAACGACAUGCGCUACAUCUGGGGAGGCUUCGCCUACCUUCAGGACAUGAUGGACCACGCUGUCAUACGCCUACGAACGUCCAAGUCUCAGCCGCUUGGUGUUUUUGUCCAGCAAAUCCCAUACCCUUGCUUUGUGGAUGAUGCCUUCAUCCAGAGUAUUGGAGCCAUUCUUCCCAUGUUCCUGGUGCUGGCCUUCAUGUACUCUGUGUGCAUGACCAUCAAAAGCCUGGUGCUGGAGAAGGAGCUACGGCUCAAGGAGGUGCUGCGUGCUGUUGGCGUUCAAAACGGCGCCCUCUGGUCUGCCAGGUUCACAGAGAACAUAGUUCUGCUCACAGUCCCAUGCGCGCUCAUAAGUGUCAUGGUCAAGUACGGCAAAGUCCUGCAGUACAGCGACCCCUCAGUAAUCUUUGUCUUCCUGCUGGUGUUCUGUCUGGCCACCAUCUCCCAGUGCUUCCUCAUUAGCGUCUUCUUCUCCAAGGCCAAUUUAGCGGCAGCGUGUGGCGGCCUCAUCUUCUUCCUCCUCUACCUGCCGCAUAGCCUCUGCUACGCCUGGAGGGACGUCAUGGGUUUCGGGGCCAAGGUGGCUGUGAGCUUGCUGUCAUGCGUUGCCUUUGGCUAUGGGUGCGAGAACUUUUCCAAGUACGAGGAGCAAGGCAUCGGCAUCCAGUGGCACAACAUUGGCAGGAGUCCCCAGGAGGGAGAUCCCUACACCUUCAUCAUCUCCAUCGCCAUGUUGCUCGUUGAUGCUGUCUUAUACUGGGUGCUAACCUGGUACAUUGAAAAUGUCUUCCCAGGCCAGUACGGGAUUCCUAAGCCAUGGUACUUCCCGUUCACUUCAUCUUACUGGUGCGGGAUGACGCCAACGACUGAAAACGACCCCGAUCUCCUGACAGACUCCAGGGAACACAACGGAUACUUUGAAAGACCACCUCCCGGUGUAAAAGUGGGAGUGUCAAUUCGUAAUCUGGUCAAAAUCUACAAGACCGGGAAGAAGGUGGCGGUUGACGGCCUGAGCGUGGACUUCUACGAGAAUCAGAUCACAUCGUUCUUGGGCCACAAUGGAGCUGGAAAAACAACCACAAUGUCAAUUCUGACAGGACUGUUCCCACCUACAUCAGGAACAGCCCUCCUCCAGGGAUACGACAUCCGCACGGACAUAGACAACAUCCGGAAGUAUUUGGGAAUGUGUCCGCAGCAUAAUGUCCUAUUUGAUGAGCUCACUGUGGAGGAGCACAUUUACUUCUACUCCAGGCUGAAGGGACGCAGUCGCAGUGAGGUUGCCUCUGAGAUGGACGAUAUGAUUAAAGAUGUUGGUUUAACACACAAGCGGAAGGAUCUUGCAAAGAAUCUGUCGGGCGGCAUGCAACGAAAACUCUCCGUGGCCAUAGCAUUUGUCGGCGGAUCAAAGAUUGUCAUCCUGGACGAACCGACAGCAGGAGUAGACCCUUAUGCCCGCCGGGGGAUCUGGGAACUACUGUUGAAGUACAAACAAGGUCGCACCAUCAUUUUGUCAACACACCACAUGGAUGAGGCAGACAUCUUAGGAGAUCGCAUCGCCAUCAUCUCCCAAGGAAAGAUGCGAUGCUGCGGCUCCUCUCUCUUCCUGAAGAAGUGUUUCGGCAGUGGCUACUACCUGACUCUGGUCAGAGAUGGGACAGAAAAGAUGACCAGUCAACGAAAAGACAUCGCACAAAGUCUGUUUAAGGAGGAAAAAACGGAGACAGACCGUCCUUUCAGCAGCAGCCCAGACGAUGGCUUCGGCAGUCAGACGUGGGACAAGUCUGACCCAACAGAUCUUACCUCUGUGACUCAGCUUGUGCGCCACCAUGUACCCGAAGCAGCCUUUUUGGAGAGCAUCGGUCAGGAAAUCACUUUCAUCCUGCCCUACAGCGGAGCCAGAGACGGGACCUUUGCCACACUCUUCCACAAGCUUGACCUCGCCAUAGCUGACCUUGGCCUGACCAGCUAUGGUAUCUCUGACACCACCCUGGAGGAGAUAUUUCUAAAAGUGGCAGAAGAUACCGGCGUGGAUGAAGAAAUACCACCAGCAAAGGAGCCAUUGGUUAGAGACUGGAAAAGGAGCUCUCGCGAAUCUAAGAGGAACAGCGUCGCCAGCGUCCGCGCCAAAUCAGAGCACAACGGGAGGAGUGAAAUAAGGGAAAAAAUUUCAAACAAAGUGGAAGAUUUUAGGGAAGGUGCCAGCCUGAAUGGAAGAGGAUCCAUGGUCAUCACUGGUUGGAAGCUGAUCAGAAGGCAGUUUCUGGCACUCUUCAUCAAGCGCUUCCACCACGCCCGAAGGAGCCGCAAGGGACUCAUUGCACAGGUGGUCUUGCCCGCUUUCUUCGUGUGCCUGUCUUUGAUCUUCUCCCUCAUCGUCCCGCCCUUCAGAGAAUACCCAAGUCUGGAGCUACAGCCAUGGAUGUACGGUCUGCCCCAAACCAUGUUUUAUAGCAACGACAUGCCAGAAAAUGUGGAGGUGUCCAAGGUGGCAGAAACUUUAUUGAACAACCCUGGUUUUGGGACCCGCUGUAUGCAUGGAGAUCCAAUACCAGGUCUACCAUGCUCACCAGCUCACUCGGACUGGUUUACUCCAUCGGUGGAUCAGUCAGUCACGGACAUCUUCCUCAACGGCAACUGGAGCAUGUCUAACCCCUCGCCGUCCUGCCAGUGCAGCACUCCUAAACGAACGAUCAUGUUACCCGACUGUCCUCCCGGAGCAGGAGGUCUCCCUCCACCUCAGAGAGUCCAGAACACGACAGACACUUUGCUGGAUUUAACCGGACGGAACAUGACGGACUUCUUGGUCAAGACGUUUGAGGACUCGGGUAAAAAAAGGUACGGAGGCAUUUCUGUGGGAGGAGUCAACUCACAAGUCCGUCUGACGGAGCCAGAAAUCGAGGAUGUCUUCAGAGAUUUAAAAGGCCUGCUUAACUCAUCACAGGAUAACGUCACUGAUCAGACCCUGCAGAAUGCCGAGACGGUGCUGAAGAAGCUGGGAACCAGGGACAAUGUCAAGGUGUGGUUCUACAAUCAGGCAUGGCACAGCAUGGUAUCAUUCCUAAGUGUGGCUAGCAACGGCAUCCUGAGAGGAAAUCUGCCCGUGGGAGAGGAUCCACGGCUUCAUGGCAUCUCUGUUUCUAAUCACCCUCUAAACCUCACUAAAGAGCAGCUCUCUUCAGUGGCCAUGGCCACGACCUCUACAGACGUGGUGGUGUCCAUCUGUGUUAUUUUCGCCAUGUCCUUCAUCCCCGCCAGCUUUGUCCUGUUUCUCAUCCAGGAGAGGGUGAGCAAAGCCAAGCAUCUGCAAUUUGUCAGCGGCGUAAACCCGACCAUCUACUGGUUAACCAACUUCGUCUGGGAUAUGUGUAACUACAUUGUACCCUGCUUCAUUGUGAUCGUGAUCUUCCUCUGCUUCCAACAAAAAGCCUACGUCUCACCGCCCAACCUGCCUGCUUUGAUUCUGCUCCUUGUUUUUUAUGGGUGGGCCAUCACACCCAUGAUGUACCCCGCCUCCUUCAUCUUCAGCGUGCCCAGCACAGCGUACGUGGUGCUGACCUGCGUCAACCUCUUCAUUGGCAUUAAUGGCAGCGUGGCCACCUUCAUCAUGGAGCUCUUCGACGAUGAUAACAUCUCCCGCAUCAACGACAUUGUGAAGCAGGUGUUGCUGAUAUUCCCCCAUUUCUGUCUGGGCAGAGGCCUGAUUGACAUGGCCAAGAACCAGGCGAUGGCGACGCUUUUCAUCGGUUUUGGGGAAGAUCGUUUUAAGGACCCACUGAGCUGGGAGAUGGUGGGAAAAAAUCUCCUUGCCAUGGCUAUUCAGGGACUUGUGAUGUUCAUCGUUACCAUCCUCAUCCAGUACAAGUUCUUCUGCAAACCGAGGCUCAUUUCAUCGAAGCCGUCGGCUACAGAGGAGGAGGAGGAUGUUGACGUUGCCCGGGAACGCCAGAGACUGUAUGAAGGCAAAGCUCAGAAUGACCUGUUGAGGAUUUGUGACCUCACCAAGGUAUACCCUGGGAAGAGCACCCCUGCUGUGGACCGACUAUGCGUUGGCGUGCCUGCUGCAGAGUGUUUCGGCUUGCUGGGGAUCAACGGCGCAGGGAAAACCACAACUUUCAAGAUGCUGACGGGAGACAUCCCGGUCUCCAGCGGAGAGGCCUUUCUAAACGGAUACAGCAUACGGACAGAAAUGGGUCAUGUUCACCAGAACUUGGGUUACUGCCCCCAGUUUGAUGCCAUUGAUGACCUUCUGACCGGACGAGAGCAUCUGGAGUUGUACGCUCGGCUGAGAGGGGUACCAGAAUCAGAGAUUUCCAUGGUGGCCGAGUGGGGGAUUAAGAAGUUGGGGCUGAUCAAGUACGCCAACAAGUCAGCAGGAACCUACAGCGGUGGGAACAAACGCAAACUUUCCACAGCGAUGGCCCUGAUCGGGUGUCCGCCAGUGGUCUUCUUGGAUGAACCAACCACCGGGAUGGACCCUAAAGCCAGACGCUUCCUGUGGGACUGCAUCCUGAGUGUCAUCAAAGAGGGACGCUCAGUCAUUCUCACAUCGCACAGUAUGGAGGAGUGUGAAGCGCUGUGCACUCGCAUGGCCAUCAUGGUCAACGGUCGCUUCAAGUGCCUCGGAAGCAUCCAGCAUCUAAAGAACAGAUUUGGUGAUGGCUACACGGUGAUCGUACGUGUCGGCGGCUCCCCUCCUGCUCUCAAGCCAGUCGAGGACUUUGUCCAUGAGACGUUCCCAGACAGCAUUCUCAAGGAGAAACACCACAACACGCUCCAGUACCAGUUCCCGUACACACAGGGAGCGUUGGCCAACAUCUUUGGCCAGUUCACCAGCCAUCAGCACCGGCUGGGCGUGGAGGACUACUCCGUGUCCCAGACCACUCUGGAUCAGGUCUUCGUGAACUUUGCACAGCACCAGCACGGGGAGGACGACUCUCGGGCCUACAGCAACCCAGUUGACAUCGCAGAUGAGCUGCCCCUGAAGUCGCUGCAGACCUCCCUGGAAGCAGAGAAGGUUUAAGGGGGGAUAAAAAUGAGUGCCUCGUACUUGAAUGGAUCGGCAAUACAUCCCAAAUAAGUUUAGAUUAGUUUGAUUACUUCUGAAGCUGCAAGACAGAUUGUUUUGUUAAAUCAACCAAAGUAUCUAAUGACACGUCGUGGUCGGUUGCGACAAUAUUUACAGCGAUGUUUCCAACAGACUUCUGAUAUUGAUCUCCAAUCAGACAGACUUACAGGGAGCAGGACAUGUUGUGCUCCUGUAAAGUGCAUUCAACCGUCUGUGGGUGUAACAGUCUGACCGCACGGCACGCACACAGCCGACAUUCUAAGUGGGUAAGAUUGUGUUCUUCAAAUAAAAAAAAAAAAAAAGGAAACUGUGACUUCACCAGUUUAAACAUAGAAAUAGAAAUGUGUGGUUGGUGUAAAGAGGAUUCUCCUUUACAUGAGAGGUUUUGCUUCUUUCUUUAUCUUCAUAUCCAAUUAAAUAAUUUUUUUUGUUUAGGUCCUGCUGAAUAUUAGGAUUUUCUAAAAGUGUGUCUCAGUGUAUGAACGUUGCUUGUUGAAUAAAAAAGCCAUACCACCUAAUAUAUUAAUUUUACCCGCAGAUCAGUCGAGUUACCCGACUGGUCCUUUAAUAUUUUAUACAUUUUUAAAUGUAAGAUAAAUGCCAAAGAUGACUAUAAUUGAGAAGUGUGCCGUACGUUAGCAUAUGAAUAGAUAAUCCAAUCCUUUUUUUUUUCCUCAAAGGGUUAACAAACAGAAAGGAGAAAAAAAAAACACAGAUGUUUGUUUUGAGAUUUGUUGCUGAUCAUUAUACAACUCAGGGCUGGUCUAUGGGCCAAAUCUUUCGUUGCAUGCAUAACAUAUCGCAAAACAUGUAGGAUACCUCAGCCUUGACUUUCAAUGAAAUGUUAUUUUUUUACAUGUAUCAUUUGGGAGAAUGCAAUUCUACUGGUUAUGUUGCAAACACUUUAUUUAGAGAUGGGAAUGAUGAGGCAACACUAUUGCCUAACUGCACUAGACAACGGCUUCAGCCAUGCAUUGCAUUGGUUUGACAGGCACUCCAAUAAUAACUUAAAGAUAAAAAUGAAUAGCGGUUCUGAGAUGUAUUUGUUUUGAAUGCUUGAACGAGCCCCUAAUUAACUGAAAACGUCGAGAGACUGACUGGGGGGUUACUGCAAAGUGAGCUGGGUGUCAGCGUGUUCGUUCUGUAAGCAGGACACCGCAUCCUUUGUGUGUCCCCCAAAGUUCACGGGCAGCACUUCCCAGAGCUCCUGAUGCUGCUUUAAAAGCAGCAGUCCCUCAUGUUAGCGGCCAUAUGUUAAGUUAGGUUUUUAUAGAAUCACUUUGAGAUGUAUAUGAGUAUGUAAACUUACAUUUAGAAGUUUAAUUCAUGUUUUUCUAAUUUAUUUCUGAGGGAAUUAUUUCUGUUAUAUUGGUCUAAAUGUGCUUAGUAUGUUUUUUUAAAAAGGAUGCUGGUUUAAGUUCCCAGAUGAUGUAUGGGACUUACCAUUCUAUACAGAAAUGUGCCCUUUAAACACAAACAAUCUGAUACCUCUGUAAAACAACGUGAUGAUCCUGAUUGGAUUUGUUGUGUCAGAAUAAAAGCUAAUUUAUCCUUAA